AUGACAGGCGCGCUGUCGGUGAAUGCGGCACUCAGGUUGGAUUUGCACCCGGUAAGAAUAGGACUCCUGGUCAUGGGACGGCCGAUGACCUUGCCAGACCUCUGGAGGAGAUUAUGGCCACAGUGGAAGGAGAGGCUCUCAAAGCCCCACCACACGGCGAAAUUGAAUCCUGCCGUCCAAAGCCAGUAUAUUGACACAUUACUGGAGAUGGAGCAGACUCCCCUCGCCUAUAACCUGGCCGCAUCGAUCUGCACGUGGCUGGUCCUGGCGGGAUUCCUUGUUUUCCCCGGCACCUUUACCACACUGCGGGAGUCAUCGCUGCUUCAAAACGCAGCCGGGGGCGUGGUCUACCGCGCCGUGCAGCAUAUUCCGCUUCUGAGUGUUGCGAUCAUCUUCUGUGCUCUCGGGACGGCUGGAUGCGGUGCCCUGUGGUGGGGGCGGAGGGCCAACUAUAUUUGGCCGACGGAGAAGAUCUUUCUGCCUGUCCUAAUCCACUCGGUCACCGGGCUGCUAAACACGAUCUUAAAUGUGUACACGGCCCGCGGCGGGACCUGGUCGGUUAUAGCGAUCGUGACGGUGUCAGUGUCCGGGGCCUAUGCCACGGUGGCGGCUCUUCUCUUUGCGAUGUAUCACUUCCUGCUGCUUCAGGUGAAAGCCGACCAUCGGUCUAUGGAAGACCACGCCAAGCAAGCUAUGUGCAUGCACCCCACGAUCGGCGGGUCCAUCCUGUGCGGAACCGCCCAUGACAGCGGUAUUUGCGAAGCCUGUCAACGAUCGCCAAAUAUCACUGUGACCCGGCUCGAACAUCGCACGCCUUAG